UUUUGUCUUUGUGUAUGUAGGUCUUAAGCCAAAUCACCCAAAACAUGGCGACUGUGGCAGCAACUGAGAACCAGUGGCUCAAAGGGAGAGUUAAGGCUGUUACCUCCGGAGACUGCUUGGUGAUCACUGCUUUGACCCACACCAGAUCUGGCCCACCACCGGAAAAAACCAUCACUCUUUCUUCUCUUAUGGCUCCUAAGCUGGCUCGCAGGGGAGGUAUAGAUGAGGCUUUUGCAUGGGAAAGCAGAGAGUUUCUUAGGAAGCUUUGUAUUGGAAAGGAGGUUGCUUUCAAAGUGGAUUACAAAGUGGAAGCUAUUGCUUGACAGUUAUUUCUGUACGCCAAUCAG